AUGAACGGUACAGCCGCGAGGGAAGCAGAACAGCCAAGCUGGAGCAGUGCCGACGAGCAGCCCGAGAAGAUUCUCUGCCAUCAACGCCAGCCAGCUACCUAUACCCCAAGAGCAGAUACGCCCCUCUGCCGGCCUCGACGCAGCGGAUUUGGCACACUGGCGUACCUGUUGGUACUGGUUAUAUCUAUUUGGGCAAUUCCCACCUCGGCGGUCUUCAUAAAUUUCGAGAACUGCUUAUCCCAGGAGGUCCAGGACGAUACACCAUUACAACUGCAAUUUGUGCCCAAGUUCUUGGAUGCCAAAUUCAACAUAAGCGACCCAAGCCACAAUCUAAAUGUCACUGUUUAUGGAAAUGUUACGGGAUCGGGAACCGACCAUCUGGUUAUUCUCCCGCCAGCCAACGAUACAGACUAUUGGAAUAGCAACCAGACCAAUCUGGGCGGAAAGAUUGAGGAUGAGCCCGAGCCAAAUCUGCCGAAGCCGAAGCUCACCACGCUCUUCAACAAGGUCAAUGUCCUGACAUAUGAGCCGUGGAGUCAGUCGGUCGAUUUCUGCAAUUCGCUCAUCAAUGCAACUUGCCCCCUUGGACCUAAUUUCAGUGCAAACGGGAGCAAUCCGUAUGAACUAGCAGCCUUCGGCCUAUCUCACAACUUCUUCUCAUCGUAUGCAUUCACAUCAUUCACCGCAACGCUCUUGAUCAAGAAUGGAGACGCAGCGGCUACGGAUAUUGGCUGCAUCUCCGCGGAAAUUACGCCUGAUAUUGGUAGUGGAUUAACUGGUGUUGUCAAGUUCAUCCCGCUGGUGGUUCUCAUACUUGUUGGAUUUGCAACUGCGUUUGCUGCAAUCUUCAGUCCCUGGGGCACGACCGAUAUCUUCCGGUGGACAACUAACUAUGGACGAGAUGCUGAUCUUCUUCGUUUGGUGACCCCGGGGUUUGGAGAUUGCUUGCAAUAUAUCCAGUUUGUUGCCUUGACCGGCGGCCUUACUCUUAAUUACCCUGGGUUUUACCAACCCAUCGUGAGCAAGGUGUCCUGGUCAGCGCUCAUGUUCAACGAGAGCUUCGUUAGUAAUGGUCCGGGUACCGAGAGUUUGGUGGAUGGCAUAUAUGUCACUAAUGGAACGUAUGGUCUCGAUAACCUUCGGCAACUGGUCGGCAUGAGUGCCGUGGACGAUGUAUGGGCUGGUAUGACAGUCUGGCUUCUCGUCAUUAUUGGUGCAGUCUUGGCUUUCAUCCAAGUGGGAUUCUUAUUACGAUGGAUCUAUCGACAUAUCAACAACACCCCGGAAGAAGAUCUCAGAGCAAAGAAUAUGCCAUUUUCAGUGGGUAACGUUAUUCGGAUUGUUUUCAAUUACUUCCUCCUCCCGGCUGUGUCACUAUCGACGUUCCAGUUAGUAGUGGCCUCAGACUCCCCGGCAUAUACGGUUGGUUUGGCUUCGGUAAUGUUGGUUCUCAUCGUGGGGUUCGCAGUGUGGCUUCUCUAUUUCAUUGCUACAACCAGACCGAAGUCGUUCCUAUUCGACGACCUCCCAACCGUACUGCUAUACGGAUCAUUGUACAAUACCUAUUCUGACAAUGCGGCACCUUUCGCACUUGUGCCUGUCCUAUUAACCUUUGUCCGCGGAGUGGCAAUCGGGGCUGUGCAACCUUCCGGCGUAGCGCAACUCGUUCUUCUCGCUAUUUGCGAAGUCAUCACUAUUCUAACGCUCCAUGCGUUCCGUCCAUUCCAUUCGCCGACUUCCAUGAAUGCAUAUCACACCUUCUUUGCGGCUCUUCGGUUCGCCACUGUCCUCCUUAUGGUUGCAUUUACUCCCUCGCUCGGAGUUGGUGAAGGACCGAAAGGCUGGAUUGGAUAUGUAAUCCUUCUAAUACACGCCAUAGUCCUCAUUUUCGGCUUCUUGCUCAAUGCUGUCCAAACCAUCGUUGAAGUUGGAGCUCGUAUGGCUGGCGCAGGUGGUGAUGAGAGUGGUGCCGCUAGAGGUGGAUUGGUCAAGGUUUUCGGCAUGCGGCAACUCUCAAAACGGUUGCCACGGAGAGACGCCACUUCGAGACAAAGUCAACUGUCUAGUGCGGCCAUGUUGGUUCCUGAUAAUGAUAGGAAGUCUUACGUGAUGGAGAGUGGAAGAAUGAGGAGUCAAUCGGUCGCUAGCAACGGUAUACUACUCAACAGGCCGAGUACGGGCCUUGACAGCAUCGAGCCGUUUGGGGCUAUUCCCCCACAUCAACUUGGAAGUGGGGGCAGCUCGCAAACCCCUACCACGGCAGGAGAUGCAAGUACUUUCUCCUUUCUACCCUCUGCGGCGGUUGCAUCUAGCCAGGGACGAAAUCGAGGCCCAGUUCUUGGGAUCACAACAACGGAAACUGCAGACCCCUAUUACCGACCACCGAGGAUCCGGCGCCCGACUGUGGAUGCAUAUUCCCCUGGCGCUAGGAGUCGUGGAUCCUGGGGCAGUGGUGAUUUGGCGGACAGGAGAUGGAGUCAACCGGAUCCAGAAAACCCUGACCAAAUUGAGCCGUUUGAAGGGCCCUCGAUAUCUGGCCGGAAUACGCCUGUAGCCCAGCAAGCGCUGGAUGGGAGUCCAACUGAGCCACGGAGAUCCAAAGCCGACUACACCACCCGAGAAGUCGAUUUCUAUUAUGGCGUGCGCGGUCCUGCUCUGAAUGCCAACAUACCUAGUAGAAGAACCAAAACCGGGCCGGCAGAUCCUACCGGUAUUCCGGCUUCGGCCGUAGGGUGGUUCAAGAGCCUAUUUAUGGGGAAGACGAAGGAGAAGGGCAAGGGAUUUGAGGUCGUCAGAAGUGCAAGAAUGCCACCAGGUAUGGUGGCCAGGAACGAUCCUGGGGUCGAGACACCCCCUGAAGGAAUCCCUGUGGCAACAGGAGGGGUGCGGAACGGGCCAAUCGAUUCUGAUGACGAGUCGGUCCAUGCCGGGCCAUCCAACAGGGGUCAGUCCAAGCCUGCCGCACCUGCCGAGCGUGAAGAUGAGAAUUUGGUUAGCCCUCUGACAUCGGGAGACGAGGACUCUCAGGAUGGUGAUUUUGAAAUGACUCGGAUCUCAGACGCGCCGCCGCUGCUCCCGGGAAUCGAGAUCGGCGAGGGCGGCAUUGAAUUACCGAGCAGAUUCCCUUCGAAAGCCACCUCCAGAGGCAGCCGACGAGUGAAGAGGACCGAUAUGACCGAUAUGACCGAUAUCCCGUUGGUUCCUGAUGCCCCUUCUCGGUCACCGACGGUUCCUCGUAAAAGCUCAAGAAGGAAGUCACAAAGCGUGGACCUCAUGGAGUCAGGGUUCCUUCAUCAACACUAUCCUGAGGGACCACUAGAGUCCUCUGAGCUUCCCUUUGGCCGCUCAAACUCUAAUAGCAAUCAGGGCUCUACCAUCUCCACAAAAUCAAGCUUCGCCGCUCUAGGGGACCCGGGCUCUUCAGGAAACGCCUCAGCUCUGGGGCUCUUCUCGGCAGAUAUCCGAGACGACAGGCCUACGAGCGUAGGAUACGUACAGCAUCACAACAUCCAAACGGUCGACCAGUCCGAGAACCCCGAAUUCUUGGGUACCUCGGCCGAACUCGUAGACGGACGACGCAGCGGUGCUUCUUCACUGGAUAAUCAACCAGCCUAA